AUGGCGGGCCUCUUUUCUUCGAAUUUUGAGCGCAUGGCAGAAGCUCUGGCUUCGUUAAACAGGGAAGCUGCGACCGCCGAAAAGAAGCUCCGGGCCGAAGUUGCACAGUUGGAGAAAGAAAAGGCAGACUUUGCUGCAUACAGGAAGGAGGAGCAGGCGAAGUUGGAUGCCGACCGGAAGAAAUUUCACGAAGAGUGCAGGUUCAUGUACAAGCAGUACGGAGUGGGCGAGUCCGAUGACGCAGCCUCUCAAGCUGCUGCUGAGCAAGUCUCCACUUUCCCUGUGCCUGUCAAGAUCAAUGUGGGCGGCAAGACCUUUCAGACCACAAUGAUGACACUUCAAGGAAAGCAUGCUGGAGAACAAGAUUCGAUGCUGGCCGCAAUGUUCAGCGGCAGGCAUCCAAACUGCUUGGAUGAGGGAAUCGUGUUCAUUGACAGGGACGGCGACCAGUUUGCCCACCUUAUGGAAUAUUUGAGGAGUCCGACUGGCAAGAUGGGCUACUUCAACAACUUGCGCAACAAGCAUCUCCAUGGUUUGCGCGAAGCCAAAAGAGACUUGGAGUACGAGCAAAUGCUUGAAGAAGCGCGAUACUUUCAGCUCCAGGGUGUGCUUGCUCUGCUGUUGCCUCCCGCCGCAUGUUUUGGCAGGGCUUCAACCUACGGAGUUUUGCAAGCGCCUGAGAGUCCGGCAGCUGGAGAUGUCAUCACUUGGAAAUGGGAGCAUCAGACCGGGCAGUCCAAUGCCGAACUCUAUGCUCUGGAGGAAGAUGGUGCCAUUCGAUUUGUUCGAGCAGGCACUUAUCUGAUCAUGGCCAAGGUGCCGGGAGUGAGUGCGAACAACAGCGGAUGUGGUCAGCUUGUUCUUGAUGGCACAGUAACUGAUGAGUGUUGGAGCGGUGACCAGCAUGGCUACAACAAGAUGCUAUAUUUCAACCGAGUGAUGGCAAUAGCGCAAGGAGAGCAUCUGCAGGUUCAGGGCAAAUUCCUGUCCCAUGGUUUCAAUCUGGGAAGAGUGCAGGCAACCUCACUCUGCAUUGUUCCUCUGCAGCUUGCAUCGAGUGCGAAUGUGCCAUUUGUCUCGCUGCGUGCGCGCACUUUUGGUUCAAAUUCCUGGUUCUGA